AUGCCUAUCGAAUUUGUUUGCAAAAUCAAAUUUGCAGAGGAGGAUGAGAAGCAGAAAAGCAAGCAGGAUGGGGACAAGGAGAGCCUGAUCGAGGAGAGCUGCACACCUCCGGCUAAGGACUUGGCCGGGUUUGCUAACUCCUGCUCCCUUCAUGGGAUUAACCACAUCUUUGUCUCUGGUCGCCUGGGCAUCCGGCAGACUCUCUGGGCUCUUGCCUUUUUGACAUCGCUGGCGCUGUUUCUGUACCAAGCGGCUAAGUGUGCCAUCUCAUACCUGGAACACCCUCAUGUCACGGCUCUGAACGAAGAGGCGACCCCAGAGAUGGUUUUCCCCGCUGUGACAAUCUGCAACAUCAACCGCUUUCGCUUCUCCGCGCUCACUGAUGCCGACAUCUACCACCUGGCUAACUUGACAGGUCUGCCCCCCAAAAACAAGGAUGGGCACAAACCUACUGAUUUAAUGUAUCCUGCCCCUGACAUGCAGGACAUCUUCAACAGGACGGGACAUCAGUUAGAAGAGAUGCUCAUGAGCUGCAAUUUCAGUGGGCAGAACUGUUCAGUCGAGGACUUCUCUGUGGUUUACACCAGAUAUGGGAAAUGCUACACUUUUAAUGGCAACAAGACCACAUCCAGGAAAACCAAGCAGGGCGGAAUGGGAAAUGGGCUGGAGAUCAUGUUGGAUAUCCAGCAGGAUGAGUAUCUGCCCAUCUGGAGAGAGACAAAUGAGACAUCCCUGGAGGCCGGCAUCCGAGUUCAGAUCCACAGUCAGGACGAGCCUCCCUAUAUCCACCAGCUGGGCUUCGGCGUCUCUCCGGGCUUUCAGACCUUUGUUUCAUGUCAGGAGCAGAGGCUGACCUACCUGCCCCAGCCCUGGGGGAACUGCCGCUCCACCAGCAAAGAGAAGUUCCCCGGAUACGACACAUACAGCAUUAGCGCCUGCCGUUUGCUCUGCGAGACCAACGAGGUCCUGCGACUGUGCAACUGCAGGAUGGUGCACAUGCCUGGAACUGCAGAUAUCUGCCCUCCCAGUAAAAUCAACUGUGUUGACAAAGCGCUCGCACAGCAACAGAAGAACAGUGGGGACACCUGUCCAUGCGAGACGCCCUGUAAUCUCACCCGCUACGGUAAAGAGCUCUCCAUGGUCAAAAUCCCCAGCAAGGGCUCUGCUCGCUAUCUCUCCAGGAAAUACGACAAGUCAGAGGACUACAUCAGAGACAACUUCCUGGUCUUAGAUAUCUUCUUUGAAGCUCUGAACUAUGAAACAAUUGAGCAAAAGAAAGCCUACGAUGUUGCAGGUUUGCUAGGUGACAUCGGUGGACAGAUGGGCUUAUUCAUUGGAGCCAGCAUCCUGACAAUCUUAGAAAUACUUGAUUAUAUCUAUGAGGUGAUCAAGCACCGGCUACAGCGUCUGCUGAGGCCACAGAAAGAGGAGAAGAGCAAGCCGCAGACCAGCACGGUUGCAACAGUGGGUCUAGAGGAAAUGAAAGCAAAGGAGCCCAACGACAUGACACGGAGUCACCCGGAGGGGGCGUACGCCAACACGAUCCUCCCCAACCACCACCACCCUCACCCUCACCCUAACCGCCAUCACGCCGGCCACCACGGUGUGUUUGAGGACUUCGCUUGCUAG